UGCGGGACCGGCGCGCGCUGAUAGGCGGCUGCGGCAGGAGGCAGCCUUGCACUUGUGCUUGCGCGGCGGAGCCGUGAGCAGCCGGUGAAAGGAUGCAGGCGCCCGAGCCUAUGCCGAGCUACGAGCAAUUGGUGCGGCGUAGUUACCGGAGCCUGGUCGGGGCGCUGCGGAGCUGCACAGAUUGCGGCUGGGAACUGUCCCGCCGGACGUGGGCCGAGAACGCCCGAUUGGCCUGGACGGAGGCGCUGCUUUUUCUCCUUUGCGCCGUCGGUUGGACUGUAGCGCGCCGCGUAGCCUCUCGUUACUUCUUUCGGCCCAUCGCUGAGUGGUCUCACUUACCCCCCAAGGAUGCUGCUAAGAUGCCUGAAAGUGCCUGGAAACUGUCUUUCUAUUGCAUCUCCUGGUUAUAUGGCACUUACUUGCUCUUCUUUGCUGGAUACCCCUUUUUCCAUGAUCCACCUUCCGUCUUUUAUGAUUGGGAAAGGGGAAUGGAGGUGCCCUUGGAUAUUGCACUCACCUACCUGAUACAAGGCAGUUUUUAUGCCCAUUCUAUAUAUGCCACCCUUUACAUGGAUGCCUGGCGCAAGGAUUCAGUCGUCAUGCUCAUCCACCACGUGGUCACCCUGACCCUCAUCGUGUUCUCCUAUAUCUUCAGAUACCACAACAUUGGGAUUCUUGUACUCUUCCUUCAUGACUUUAGUGACAUCCAGCUGGAGUUUACCAAACUCAAUGUUUACUUCAAGUACCGGGGUGGCGUUUACCACCGUUUAAAUGACACCAUUUCUAAUGCUGGCUGUGUCUCCUUCAGCCUUAGUUGGUUCUGGUUCCGUUUGUACUGGUUCCCCUUGAAGGUGCUUUAUGUGACCUGCCACACCAGCCUCCAGUCUGUCCCCAAUAUCCCAUUUUACUUCUUCUUCAAUGGGCUGCUGUUUAUCCUCACGCUGAUGAAUGUCUAUUGGUUCCUGUACAUUGUUGUUUUUGUGGCCAAGAUUUUGCUGGGACAAGUGCAGGAGGUGAAGGAUGUACGGGAAUAUGACGCUGAUGCUGCCUCUAAGAAGACAGGCAAGGAGCUUCAUCUCCACAACUCUUGGAAGGAAGGAAACCAUCUGAUGAAUGGCGUUGUGAAAGACAAGCGGUUGUAGAGGCACUCGCGGGACCACACUUGGGCAGAGCCGAACUCUGGAGAAACCCGCCAGGACCCCUUCAUUCAAACUCCAGCCUGCUCAGGGGUGAACCGAAGAAGCACAGAGCUUGCCACCCUUUCCCGCCCAGAGUUGACAGCUAAGCGCUAAUUGGGGAGCGAUUUACACAUUUUCUUUUUGAAGCCCCCUGGAGUUGGAGUUCAAGCUGAAUUUCCAUUAACAGUGAUGGAGUUGGAAGUAGAAGGAGGCCCACAAUGCAUCAUUUGGCCCGGUCAGGUUGGAGCAGGGCAUUCACACACAAGAGUAGCUGCUUCCCCCUUCUGGUGCCUCAGUGGCGCCUAGUAGUAUGAAAAGUUCCCACCAAGGUGGAGGGGAUGAGGAACUGUCAUAGUUUUCUGUGGCUUCUGCCCAGCAGGGCCUUCUCUGUGGUGCCCCCAAGGAUGCAGAACUGUUCUCCCCCCCCCAUGGGUUUAGGAUUCCUGAUUGGUUAGGAGGAAAUAAGGGGGGGGGGGAAAUCUCUUCAGAAUGUCCAACUGGCAAAAGCAACGGUAGACGAAGGAAAAGCACAUGUGCGAAUCGAUGAAUUUUCAGCCUUGCAAAUAGGGGUUGAAAAGGAGUAUCCCACAAUGCCCUGCGGCACUUUUCUAAACCAUGUUUGUUUUUUUGCCCUGCCCUUGGUUCCAGUUGGGAGAGGAAAAUGCAAGUGAUGGUGUUUUGUCUAACCUGUGUAUUGGAUAGGUUGUAUAUAAAAUAAGGCUUGGAUUCACGAGAUGGUGGUGUUUUCUGAAUUGUGUUUGAAAAGAGGGUUGUUUUUUUUAAUACAGAAAUAUUUAUAGUUACAUGAUGGGUGAUGCACCAGUCUAUUUUCAGUUUUGCCCGUCCUUCCAUUGGACAACCCCCAAUUCCCAGAAUUCCCUCUAUCACUAUCGUUCAUUUCAGGCAGAGUGGUUCCUCCCUGUCGGAGGCAGUCUAUCUCUCAAAAUUGAGACAUAACUUGGAAUGUGAGAGAACAGGAAACUGCAAGCAGGCAGAGCUGGUACCUUACUCCUGGUGAUUUUUCCUUGGUGCCAUUUAAACUGUUGGGUUGGGUUGUAUUUUUUAUCAUGCUGGCUGAGGAAUUCUAGAAGUUGAAGUCCACACAUUUUAAACUUGCCAAGAUGGAGAAACGGGGAAAAAUGUUUGCUGGUGAUGAAGACAUAUGUCACAAACUCAGGGUGGCUAUAAUCAUGUGAUUGAAGUUCUACCACCCCCCCCUUUUUUUUUUUU